AUGAAUAAACGUCCGCUCCCAGCCGCGGAGAUGAGCUUUCCCAGACCCCAAAAAGCGAAUCGACAGGACUAUGACCUGCCAGCCAGCGCUCGACCGCAGUUCAACCAAAUACCGAAAUACGUACAACUCACCAGUCCUGCGAUCAGUAACGCUCCAACUGGCAGUGGAGGUCCGCUGACGGCGACGACGUUGCCGCUGAACCUGAUUGCCCUGAUUGUCUCCUUUCUGGACGAUGUCGGGGAUCUUGCGAGAGUCACGCGCACUUCGCGCCUGCUGUACUACAUGACCCUACCGCAGCUAUAUCAGCGCGUGCAUCUGCGUUCCUACGCCGAAAUCAAGUAUGUCAAUGGCAAGCCACAAGGCUAUGGCGGCGGUAGCCCCUUCCUUGCUGCGCUCGGGGGUCUGGCCACAAAGAGCAACGCUGCGCUGGUGCACGACUUCAGAGUAUACGGACAAUGGAAAGAGGUCGGGGUGGAAGACUUUGCGAAAGGCAUCAUUCCAGCCAAUAGCAUGAUGCUCAAUCUCAUGUUACGGACGGUGUCGGAUAAUAUGAUCAAGCUGAAGAGCUUCUCUWGGGAGCUCGACUGCAAGCCUUUGAAGACGUUAUACACUGGCCUUGCGUCGCAUAACACUCUGACAUCACUGACGCUGAAGUUCCCUUCGGCGAGGAUUCCGCGCCCGUCCGUCCUCAUUCCUCCCAUGGCCAAUUUGCGUGUGUUCAAAGUUAUGGAGAUUGACCCCAUGUGCUAUCCCGAUGACAUCUCCCUACUGCUACUGCACUCGAGAAGGAUCGAGGAUUUGCGCCUUCACUUCUCACCCAGAAUGAGGCAAGAAGCGGAGCCGUGCAUGAAUCUCGUUCAGUUCUUUGGGCGGUGCUAUAAGGCAGGCUACAAGCUGAGAGUCAAGCAUCUCGCGAUACAGAACUUCUUCGGUCCCAACGUGCUGGGUUUCGAUAGCGUUUUCGAGUCGGAGUCCCAUGAAAGCAUUGUCUUCUUUGACGUCUUCGGUGGCAGCGACCCACGAACAACAUUCAUUGACGAAACAUGGCGAGCCAUUCCUCCCGAAUUCGCGCCCAGCUAUAAGCGAAUUCGUGUCAACGAAAUUUCUGUCGAAUUUAUAGCCCUGCUAUGCCGAGCGAAAUGUGCACUCGAGCGCCUGUAUCUGGUCUCUGCGAAGCGAAUCAAGGCCGGAUCUACGCCUGCGAGUGACACUACUCCAAAUAAUGCCCCAUCUUUAACGUCCUCCGACACAGUCGGCACACCUGACAUGGAGUUGGAGGCGGCCUCGCUGCGACAACGCGGUUUGGACGCGAUCAACACGUUUCAUGGUUCAGGGCUACGGCACUUGCUCCUACGAGAUUGCUGGCCUUUAAACGGAGAAGAAAUUGUCUCGCUUGUGCAACAUUGUCCGAAUUUGGAGCAGUUGGGGCUUGCAGUCCACGGCAUUCACCACGAGUGUGUGAGAUUAUUCAUGCCAUUCCUUGUCAAGCUCAAAGCUUUGCGCAUCCUCACCAAUGACUUCCUCAUCGAGCAUCUGCGCGUCUAUUCGCACGAGGAGCGAAUGGAAGGCAUGAGCAGAGAUCUCGUCACGAAUGUCGUCCCAAAGAUUGUUGGCAUUGGAGAUUUCGUCUACAAGUUUGGAAGGAUUGUUGAGAGGAUCGGCGAGGAUGGAUCGAUGUGUCUGCGUCGUGAGGUGACAUUUGGCACCCGUCAAGAUGCUUACGAAUGGGACAUCUGGCGCCUCGAUUCUCUGGACAUUGAUGUUGAUCCUAUCGCAUACAAUCCGGAAUAG